UUCCCACCUUAAUUAUCUCCCCUACCAUUCUUUUUCUGUUGCGCUUUCAUCUGUUUCUCAUAUCCCAGGAUGUGACCGGAGCCAUUCCGGCUAUCAUCAGUGAGAAGCAUGGCGUCCGACACCCCGCCCGACCCCGAAACCCAACCUGUGGUUCGCACCCUCCUCCGCAUUUCCCUUAGCGCCAAGGAAUACAAGCGUCUCCACGAUUAUGCCAUCCAACGCACUCCUUUAUCCGUCCAGGGAAGGCUGCCGUCUCCAUCCAGGUACGAGGCCAUUAUCGGCUCGAAAAAUAAGCACAAUGUCGCUGCUGUGCGGGUGGCACUGCGGACCUUCCUCCUCUCGUUAUCCCUCACAAAGCUCGCCGACACCGUGAUAAACCGGAUACGCGGGGAUCUGCCGAGCAAGGAACCGAGAGCCUCAUCAUCCCCCCGCUCCCCGAAACUUCGCAUAUCCGCGUCGCUCGCGCUUCUUCUCCUCUUUCACCGAUUCCUAUAUCGUUUCUUCGUCAAGCUGCGCGCCAACCUCCGCACCGAUGACGCUCGGCCAUUCCGAGAUCGCAACCCACGAAUCUCCAAUGUGCUCACUUCACGCUUUGCCCCGGCCAUCGGGGCCAGUCUGGCGGGGUUCGCGCUAGGAAUCUGCCCACGAAGCCAGUUUCGCAUAAUCGCAGCCAUCUAUUCGGCCACUCGUGGCUUGGAGUUCCUGUUUAAUGCGUUGGAUGAAAAGGGCUGGUUUGACAACCGGCCGGCCUGGUUCGGCAGUUGGUUGUUGAUGCCAGUUUCUUGUGCGCAGCUGUUUCAUUCGUUUAUCUUCGAUCGAGAGGCUGUGCCAUCGUGGCUUGGAAUGUUGAUCUUUAGGCUCUCCCCGAGUUACAUCCGCGGUCAUCCCGAGAGUCUGCCUCUGGAUAUCGCUUGGCCCGACAAGGAGAAUGUCAUCGAUUCGCUCGCAACUAUAUCUGCUCUAAGAUGGCCAUCGUUUGUAUCGCCCAUCCUACAUCCCGGCACCUCAAAGACACUACCUUCGUCACUGGCGUCUAUCUCCCCGGUGACCGGGUCCGCCCACCCAGCCAUAUCCAGCCUGUCCUGCGCCCUGCUCCACCCCAGCAGCCCCAGCUGCAGCACCGCCUUCCUGCACCACAUCCUCCUCUCCGUGCCGCCCCUCGCGCGGCUCCUGACCGCCGCCACCCUGGCGCUCUCCCUGCGCAACUUCAAAACCCUGGCGUCCCACCCGAUCACGUCGCUGAACGAACUCUCCCAGAGGAUCAUGAAGCUGACCGCCGUGCUGUCAGCCUCGGCCGGCGCCGCCUGGGCCAGCAUCUGCCUGUGGAACGCCGUCCUCCCGCGGUCCACGCUGGCCACGCAGCGGUUCUUCCUGAGCGGGGCCCUCGCGGGCAUCCCGUUCGCGUUCCUCGGCCCCCGGCGCAGCGUCUUCCUGUCGUUCUUCCGCGCGGCGAUCGCGACCGCCUGGAAGACCGCGGGCAAGCGCGGCCGCUGGACUGGGUGGACGGACGGGGAGUUGUGUGUCAUCGUCGCGAGCUGGGCGCUGAUGGGGUGCAUCCUGGAUGCCCGGCCCGCCGCGGUGCAGGGCAAGGGGGUCAGGGUGGCACUCUCGUGGAUGCGGGGCGAUGGGUUCGCCGACCCCUUGCGGGUAGCCGAGAAGCGGAAGGCGAAGAAGGCCGCUGCGCUGAAGAAGGAGAAGGCGGAGGACGAUGCUCGGGUUUAGGGGUGCUGCAGACAGGCAAAUCUUGUUAUAUUGUCUGGUGUUUAUAUCAGCUAAUAUGUUGUCCGCGGAGCUGGAGACCUCAGCCCUUCAUGGCUGACAUAUAAGUUAUGAUGCGCAAUUGUGUCACGCGGUCUUGGGUACGAGGAAUGAGUGCAUCCCCUGGUUCUGGUCCCGGUACGGUGAGGGUAGAGCGGAGGGCGAAGAGCGAGGAACACUGAAUGCUAUAUGCGUACGUACUGUACAUAAUCGAGGACGCGAUUUGUCUUCCACGAGGGAAAUUGCAAGAUUCUCACAUGUCUAUAUGCAAACAUCAUAAAAUAUCCGGAGCAUCAUGAUGUCCAUGCUUCCGCAUGCUCUAAUUUGACCCUAGUACUGUACAUAUAACUUAAGUCAG